AUGAGCAGCAAGGCACAGAUACAAGCACAAAUCAAUUCAAACUCCAACAACAGCGCAACCUCGUCGGAAAUUAGUGAGAACCCGAGCGUAGAAGACCAUCAAUCUGUUUUGGCAGCCAACAGUCGAAGUGCUGCUUCAAUCAGAGCAAAAAGAAGUUGGAAUCGCAUGAAAGAACUGGCGGCUGAAAAGGAAAAGGAAAAUGAAUCGAAGCGACCUCCUUGGCGAGCUGUCAGCGUUUCAACUCUUGCCAAGCCGGAUAAGAACGCAUUGCUCCGAGCCAAGUUGCUUGAUGCUUCCAGACGCCUGAGAGCUGGCAAGACCAAUGUGGCAUUGCAAACAGAUUUUGUGCCCACGAAAUUGUUGAAAGAAGCCUCCGUCGAUGUGCAGUGCGAUUUGAUUUUACUGAAGGAUGUUGGAAUUUUAACGGAUGGCCAGUACUCAAUUAAAAAGGAUGGCUACGAGCAAUACGUAUUAAACUAUUCCAUAUCACAAAUGACCGAUGCCAUCGAUACGGCAGAUGUCUCAACCCAAACACUCUUACCAAUUGCUGUCAAUGAAGUCACAAAUCCGUGUCCAUUUGACUUUAAGCAUUAUGUCCCAGAUAACACAGCCGAGAGUGAGACGCGAAUGGAAACGAAGAUUAGGAAGUUCAAUCCAACUUUGGCAUCGUGGCACUUUGACGAUGACGUUCUCGAAAUGGAAGCCACAAAACAUUUCAUUCCAUACACCAUUGAGCCUCUUAAGCCGUGGCGCAGUUUUAACCCUAUUCCAUUUCAGCUCAGAGGGAAUACCCUAGUCGGGAGACAGACAAUUGAUUGGUAUGCCCUGCUCCAGUCAAUUGAUGAUUUGGUCCGAGAAUCAAAUAAUUUAAUGGAUAGACUAGAAAUGAUAAUACAAGAUAAGAGCUCGCAUCGCAAAAGUGUGCUCAAAACAUUGCAUGAAAUCAGAAAAAUGGAUUCACCCGAUUUCGUAUUUCCUUCUGAGCACUGGCUGCCGAUAAUUGAAAAACAGGAAAUGCAACUCCAAUCACUGCUUGACUCCAAUUAAAUUCAAUACACAUCUUAAAAGUAAAAUCAUUAUCAU